UGGCAGAGCAGGAAAGAGGUGUGCGAUGCAUGCUGUGCAUGCAGAAUGGCGGGCCGCUCUCGCAGUGCUCAGCAAUUCUGCCUGAACAGCAAGCUUAAUACACUGGGUGCGUCUCCACCAGAGUCGGGACCUGUCCAGAGCACACUAUCUUACACGGCCUUGCAACUUUCAAGACUUUGCUGAUUCUCAAACCAGCUCGAAACCUCACAAAAGUUUCUAGCUUCUCCUUUGUCCAAUUCGAGCAGCGCAAGAAUAUUACGAGGCAUCCUCAGCUGGUUUUGAGCUGUUGCAUUCAGCACCAAGACUAACCAUCAACUUGGUUGUGCUACGGCAUCAGAUAGCACGAUGGCCCUACCCAAAACCUUUGCGCUCAACACCGGUGCCUCGAUCCCAGCGGUCGGCCUGGGAACAUGGAAGUCGGAGCCUGGGAAGGUUGGAGAGUCUGUCACUGCGGCUUUGGAGGCUGGCUACCGCCACAUCGACUGUGCCGCUGUGUAUGGGAAUGAGAAGGAGGUUGGAGAGGCCCUGGCUGCUGCCUUCAAGAAGGGGACUGUGAACCGACAUGAGAUCUGGGUGACCUCCAAGCUGUGGUCCACUGAGCAGGGCCCUGGCCGGGUUGAGCCCGCUUUGAAGAAGACUCUGGGCGAUCUUCAGCUGGAAUACUUGGACCUGUAUCUUAUCCAUAUCCCCGUGCGCCUCGCCCCCGACUCGCCGUUCCCUGCCAAGCCCGAGCAUGCCCAGGAGUUUGACAUCGACAUGACGUGGAAGCAGAUGGAGGAGGUGCUCAAGAAGGGGAUGACCAAGGCCAUCGGAGUCAGCAACAUGACGCAGAAGAAGCUGAACGACGUUCUCAGUCUGAAGCGUACGGUCCCGGCAGUCAACCAGGUUGAGUUGCACCCGCUGUGGCCACAAGACGACUUGCUCAACCUCUGCAAGUCCAAGGGCAUCCACGUGACGGCGUAUUCUCCGCUCGGCUCCGCCGACCGCCCCCGUGCGAACGGAGUGCCCGAGCCUCCCGUUCUGCUCGACACCGACGUUGUCAAGAAGGUUGCGGAGAAGACGAAGAAGAGCCCGGGGCAGGUGGUCCUCCGGUGGGGCAUCCAGCGCGGGACGUCGGUUCUGCCCAAGUCGACCAACCCGGACCGCAUCAAGCAGAAUUUGGACGUCCUAGAUUGGGAACUGUCCGACGAGGACAUGAAGGCGCUGUCCGGUAUUGAGCCCAAGGUGCGCAUUCUGGAUUUCAAGGGCAUGUGGGCCGGCGAGGGAUGUGCUGUGGAAACGGUUCACAAAUUUUGGGACGGCGAAGUGACCACGCCCGCAGAUUACUAGAGUACUCAAAUGCAGCACACUGGUGAUAGCAUGUAGAUGAUAGAUCACAAGCAACGGACAGUCAGCGUCAACGCAUUGCUGAGACGAGAUCAAAAUAGAGUUGCAUUGGUUGUUUCAAUUGAUUACAAGUAAGGACUCGUUUUUGAUUUGCAAAUUGAAAGAUUCCACUGAGUACAAAUUAGUGACUGCAGUUGCGUGGUCGUCCGAUAGUGACUGCAGUUGCGUGGUCGUCCGAUUUGCUAGCUUGAAUCGCUCUUUUACUUGUCCACUUCUCAUGUUUAUCGCCAAAAGUGGUUGAAAC